AUGGACUCAGAGGAUGACCCCCUCCUGCAGGAUGUGUGGCUAGAUGAAGAGCAGGAAGAGGAAGAAGCAACAGGUGAGACCUUUAGGGGGGCCCGGAAGUCAGGGCCUCGACCUGGGGCGGGGGAGCAGUGUUGCUGGCGGCGCUGGACCUUACCUCCUCGGCCCCCAGCCUCGGGGUUCUGGAGUACCCUGGGAUGGGCCUUCACCAAUCCAUGCUGUGCGGGGCUGGUGCUCUUCCUGGGCUGCAGCAUCCCUAUGGCCUUAUCAGCCUUCAUGUUCCUCUACUACCCGCCGCUGGACAUUGACAUCUCCUACAAUGCCUUUGAGAUCCGCAACCACGAGGCCUCUCAGCGCUUUGACGCCCUCGCCUUGGCACUCAAGUCCCAGUUUGGAUCCUGGGGGCGCAACAGGCGCGACUUAGCCGACUUCACCUCUGAGACGCUUCAGCGACUUAUUUCAGAGCAGCUGCAGCAGCUGCAUCUUGGUAACCACUCGCGACCCGCUCCCAGAGCCCCACGCACCGUAACUGCGACCACCCAAAAGCCAGUGGCCAAUCCGAGUGGGCGUCUUCGGCGCGAAGCCCCGCCCCGUGGUCGGGCAGCCAACCGGAGUGGAACCCCGCAGGACCAGCGCUCGGCGAAGAAUGGGCGGCGCCAGCCCAGCGCCCCACCCCCUGCAGCCACCGUGGCCAAUCAGAGCCGUGUCCGUCGGGGCACCUCGCGCUGGGAUUACUCGCGUACUUACGUGAGCCCUAAUACCCAGACGCACGCGCACUGGCGCAUAGAGCUCAUCUUCCUGGCUCGUGGAGACACCGAACGCAACAUUUUCACCAGUGAGCGGCUGGUCACAAUCCAUGAGAUUGAGCGCAAGAUCAUGGACCACCCAGGCUUCCGGGAAUUCUGCUGGAAGCCCCAUGAAGUGCUCAAGGACCUGCCGCUCGGCUCCUACUCCUACUGCUCUCCGCCCAGUUCACUCAUGACCUACUUCUUCCCCACCGAGAGGGGCGGCAAGAUCUACUACGAUGGCAUGGGCCAGGACCUGGCAGACAUCCGGGGAUCCCUAGAACUGGCCAUGACUCAUCCCGAGUUCUACUGGUACGUGGACGAGGGCCUCUCGGCAGACAAUCUGAAGAGUUCCCUCCUGCGCAGUGAGAUUCUGUUUGGAGCACCCCUACCCAACUACUACUCUGUGGAUGACCGCUGGGAGGAGCAACGGGCCAAGUUUCAGAGCUUUGUGGUCACCUACGUGGCCAUGCUGGCCAAGCAGUCUACUAGCAAAGUCCAGGUCCUCUACGGGGGUACAGACCUCUUUGACUAUGAGGUGCGCAGAACCUUCAACAACGAUAUGCUCCUGGCCUUCAUCAGCAGCAGCUGCAUUGCCGCCCUUGUCUACAUCCUCACCUCCUGCUCAGUGUUCCUGUCCUUCUUUGGGAUUGCCAGCAUUGGACUCAGCUGCCUGGUGGCACUCUUCCUCUACCACGUGGUCUUUGGCAUCCAGUACCUUGGCAUUCUCAAUGGGGUGGCCGCCUUUGUGAUUGUGGGCAUUGGUGUGGACGACGUCUUUGUGUUCAUCAACACCUACCGCCAGGCCACCCACCUGGAAGACCCACAGCUGCGGAUGAUCCACACCAUCCAAACAGCAGGCAAGGCCACCUUCUUCACCUCUCUGACCACAGCCGCCGCCUACGCAGCUAACGUCUUCUCCCAGAUCCCAGCUGUCCAUGACUUUGGGCUGUUCAUGUCGCUCAUUGUGUCCUGCUGCUGGCUGGCUGUGCUCUUCACCAUGCCUGCGGCCUUGGGCCUCUGGAGCCUCUACAUGGCGCCGCUGGAGAGUUCCUGCCAGACCAGCUGCUACCAGUGGUGUGGCCGCAAGAGCUCCCUGCACUUCUCUGGGAGUGGCCCUGCCCCAGGGCCCAUACCCUACCUGGAUGAUGACAUCCCCUUGCUGAGCGUCGAGGAGGAGUCAGUGUCACUGGAGCUGGGAGAUGUGUCACUGGUGUCUGUGCCCCCUGAGGGCCUGCAGCCAGCCCCCACUGGGGGCAGCCGGGGCCAGCUCCUCACACAGCUGCAGGAACUCCUGCACCACUGGGCCCUGUGGUCAGCCGUCAAGAGCCGCUGGGUGAUUGUGGGACUCUUCGUCUCCAUCCUCAUCCUGUCACUGGUGUUCGCUAGCCGGCUGCGCCCUGCUAGCCGGGCUCCACUGCUCUUCCGGCCCGACACCAACAUCCAGGUGCUGCUGGAUCUCAAGUACAACCUGAGCGCUGAGGGUAUCUCCUGCAUCACCUGCUCAGGUCUGUUCCAGGAGAAACCCCACAGCCUGCAGAACAAUAUCCGGACAUCCCUGGAGAAGAAGAAACGAGGCUCAGGUGUCCCCUGGGCCAGCCGGACUGACACCACCCUGCAGGGCUCUGUGGGCACCGUGUACAUCUCCAAAGUGAAGAGUAAAGGCCACCCAGCUGUCUACAGGCUAUCCCUCAAUGCCAGCCUGCCUGCCCCUUGGCAGGCCAUUUCCCCCGGGGAUGGAGAGGUGCCCUCCUUCCAGGUAUAUAGAGCGCCUUUUGGUGACUUCACCAAGAAGCUGACCGCUUGUAUGUCUACAGUAGGGCUGCUCCAGGCGGCGAGCCCCUCCCGCAAGUGGAUGCUGACGACCUUGGCCUGCGACGCCAAGCGGGGCUGGAGGCUUGACUUCAGCUUCUACGUGGCCGCCACAGAGCAGCAGCACACCCGGAAGCUGUACUUUGCUCAGUCCCACAAGCCCCCCUUUCACGGGCGCGUGUGUGUGGCACCUCCUGGGUGCCUGCUCAGCUCCAGCCCUGACGGGCCCACCAAAGGCUUCUUCUAUGUGCCUAGUGAGAAAGCGUCCAAAGCCCGCCUCUCGGCCACCUUCGGGUUCAACCCCUGCGUGAACACAGGCUGUGGGAAGCCAGCUGUGCGGCCACUCGUGGACACAGGGGCCAUGGUCUUUGUGGUCUUUGGCAUUAUUGGCAUCAACCGCACCCGGCAGGUGGACAACCACGUCAUUGGAGACCCGGGUAGCGUCAUCUACGACACCAGCUUUGACCUCUUCAAAGAAAUCGGGCACCUGUGUCGCCUCUGCAAGGCCAUCGCGGGCAACUCUGAGCUGGUAAAGCCAGGCGGAGCCCAGUGUCUGCCCUCAGGCUACAGCAUCUCCUCCUUCCUGCAGAUGUUGCACCCAGAGUGCAAGGAGCUGCCCGAGCCCAACCUGCUGCCUGGGCAGUUGUCCCAUGGGGCAGUGGGCGUCAAGGAAGGCCGUGUACACUGGAUCUCCAUGGCCUUUGAGUCGACUACCUACAAGGGCAAGUCCUCUUUCCAGACCUACUCAGACUACCUGCGCUGGGAGAGCUUCCUCCGGCAGCAGCUGCAGACCUUCCCUGAGGGCUCAGCCCUGCACCGUGGCUUCCAGACCUGUGAGCACUGGAAGCAGAUCUUCAUGGAGAUCAUAGGUGUGCAGAGCGCCCUGUACGGCCUGGUCCUCUCCCUGCUUAUCUGCAUAGCUGCAGUGGCCGUGUUCACCACCCAUGUCCUGCUUCUGCUGCCCGUGCUCCUGAGCAUCCUAGGCAUCGUCUGUCUCGUGGUGACAAUCAUGUACUGGAGUGGCUGGGAGAUGGGUGCCGUGGAGGCCAUAUCACUGUCCAUCCUGGUCGGCUCCUCCGUGGACUACUGCGUCCACCUCGUGGAAGGCUACCUGCUAGCUGGGGAGAACCUGCCCCCUCACCAGGCCGAGGAUGCCCACUCUCAGCGCCAGUGGAGGACGUUGGAGGCAGUGCGGCACGUGGGCGUGGCCAUCGUGUCCAGUGCCCUCACCACAGUCAUUGCCACCGUGCCACUCUUCUUCUGCAUCAUUGCCCCCUUUGCCAAGUUCGGCAAGAUCGUAGCACUCAACACAGGCGUGUCCAUCCUGUACACGCUCACCGUCAGCACCGCCCUGCUGGGCAUCAUGGCCCCUGGCUCGUUCACCCGGACCAGGACUUCCUUCCUCAAGGCCCUGGGUGCUGUGCUGCUGGCAGGAGCCCUGGGGCUGGGAGCCUGCCUCGUGCUCCUACACAGUGGCUUUAAGAUCCCUCUGCCCAGCGGGGCCAUCCUAUAGCCCUGUGCCUGGAUUCUGACUUGUGUACCUUGGCCCAGCAGGUGGGGACCAGCCACACUGUGACCC